AGCGUGUAAAAGCACAACAUGUGGCCUGACAACCGGAGCAGUGUGUCUGAAUUCCUCCUCCUGGGGUUUCCCAUCCUGCCAGAGCAGCAGGACGUGUUCUUUGCCCUGUUCCUGAGUAUGUACCUGACCACGGUGCUGGGGAACCUGCUCAUCAUCCUGCUCAUCAGCCUGGACUCUCACCUCCACACCCCCAUGUACUUUUUCCUCAGCCACCUGGCCUUCUCUGACAUCUCCUUUUCAUCGAUUACUGUCCCAAAGAUGCUGAUGAACAUGCAGACUCAAUGCCAUUCUAUCACAUAUGCAGGGUGCAUUUCACAGGUGUAUUUCUUUAUAUUCUUUGGUUGCCUUGACAGUUUUCUCCUAGCAGUGAUGGCAUAUGACAGGUAUGUGGCCAUCUGUCACCCUCUCCACUAUACCAUCAUCAUGAGAGAUGAGCUUUGUGUUAUCCUAGUGGCUGGGUCCUGGUUCUCCUCUUGUGCCCAAGCCCUGUUGCACACCCUUCUCGUGGACCAGUUGUCUUUCUGUGCAGGAACUGUCAUCCCCCACUUCUUUUGUGAUCUUUCUGUUGUACUCAAGUCCUCCUGCUCAGACACCUCCCUCAAUGAGCUGCUCAUCCUCACUGAAGGAGGACUGAUCUUCAGCCUGCCAUUGAGUGCUAUCUUGGGCUCAUAUAUCCGCAUGGCAGUCGUCAUCCUGAAGGUCCCCACCUUAGAAAGAAUCUCUAAAGCUUUGUCUACAUGUGUCUCCCACCUCUUUGUAGUGUUUUUAUACUAUGGGACAAUUGCAGGUGUUUACUAUUUCCCCUCAUCAGGCAGCUCCAAAGUCAAGGACAUAAUUGCUUCUUUGAUGUACAUGGUGGUCACCCCCAUGCUGAACCCCUUCAUCUACAGCCUGAGGAAUAAGGAUAUGAAAUGUGCUUUUCAGAAAAUUUUCAGGACCAAGGACACUCCUUGGUGUCAUUAA